AUGCCUCAGACAAGUAAAGAUAACAUUGAUCAAGAAAAAAUUAAAAUAAAUGAAGUGGGCAAGACAUUUUUUGAAAUCCAAUUUGAUGCUAAAGAAAAAAUUAUUACUAGGUUAAAAAUUAUAUAUUUAGUUGUUAGUAGAAUAUUGAAAUCGGUGUCUUGUGAAAUUAUCCUUAUUACGUACCACAGGUUGAAUGAUGAGAUCAAAGAUUUCAAUAGUAAAAACGAUAAGUUUAAAGGUAAAAUCAAUCGUUUAAACAAAAAAUUGAAAGAUGAUUACGAAUAUUUGAAAAAGAUUUUGGACGAGAAAACCAAUCUUGAAAAACAAUUAAAGGAGGAAAUCGCUCAGCUAAAACAAGUUUGA